CUCUUCCUCCUUUCCUUUCCCCAUCGGUUGAUCAAAGACAUACUCACAUACAUUCUCACAUUAUGGAGCAACCAUCACACACUAUUACAUAUACUUUGGAAGAAAAGGAAUACGAUACACCGUACUAUUCAAUUCGGCAAAACUAUCCACAACAAUACCAAGGCACAAACAUUCCAUUGGUGAUAGACAAUGGCUCAAAUCAAUGUCGUGCUGGUUGGGCAAACGAAGGAACGCCAUCGAUGAUCUUUGACAAUGUGGUAGCAAGGUAUAGAGACCGGAAAGCCAAUGUUAAUGUGGUGACAGUUGGGAUGGAUGCUCAAAGUGAUCCUUCUUCUCGAUCAAGUGCACGCUCUCCAUUUGAUGGCAAUGUUGUUUGUGACUUUGAUAGGAUGGAAACAGUAUUGGAUUAUAUAUUUACAGUACUUGGAAUUACCACGUCAACUAUUGAACAUCCUCUUGUUAUGACUGAACCAGUCUGCGUGCCUCAAUAUAGUCGAAACCUCAUGUCCGAAUUACUCUUUGAAUGUUAUAAUGCACCCUCAGUAACAUAUGGAAUAGACGCGUUAUUUAGUCAUUAUGCAAAUGGUGGAGAAAAUGAAGAUGGUAUCAUUGUUUCUUCUGGUCACAACUCUACUCAUAUCAUACCCACGUUACAAGGCAAAGGCAUUCUGGGGAAAGCAAAACGGUAAGAUACUUAGAAAAUGUAAAUGAUUCAAUUGGUUCAAG